AUGCCUGGCCGCAAGCAGAGAAAGGCACAGAAAUCUUCGCAGCGGGGCACCAGAGGGCAGCGCCGUGCAAAUAAAGUUCAAGAUACAUCUGCGGAGCACGCUGUUUCUCCAGAGGUUUUUGCAACAUACUCUUUGGUCGACAGUGUUGUCUUGCCGACGGUAGAUGGGCACAGCACAGAGACUAUCAGAGUUGGCGACAUCAUUGUUACCUUGCCCAACCACCCUGCCCAACAGAGAGGCGAGGAUAGCAUUUCUGCCUGCUUUGUUGCAAGCAUGCUGGGCCGAGUUACGCCUGCGCCCGCAUCGCAAGCUGCACAGGCUGCACAAGAGGAGGAUGCCGAUCUCCUUGAGAGUGAAGUUGAGGAGGUCGUGCUGAACUAUCAUGGUGCAUCUGGGCAGGGGCACAAAGCCACUUGUCAAGUCCAAGACCUUUGGCACGCACGGGUUACUUCAUUGCGGGAGCAUGGAGGGCAGAGGUUCGCAGCGCUCACAUGGUUCUACCGUCCAGGCGAUGUGGCAGAGUUGCGCCCGGACCGCAAGGUCAAAGCAUACAUCAAGACUCUCUCGUCCGCAGAGCUGGUGUACUCGGACCACUUCACCAUCAAUUUGGUGGAAUGCAUUUUUGGGAAGAGCCCUAUGGUAGAAUUCACCUUGGGUGCAGCAGACUUGCGGACCUUGGGGCGUAACGACACCUUCACGCGGGGUGAUAAGCUCAUGAUAGAGGAUGAUGGCCAUGUGCGGCUAGAGAUCUGCUGGGAUGACGGUUGCAAGCUUGGGCGGACAUACACCCCAGGAGAAGAUAGCAUCCGCUUCUGCGACAAUCCUCAUUGUCAGCGGUGGUUCCAUGUGGU